AUGUCAGGCAUGUUCAACGAAAGCGAACUGUCCGGGCUGGAUGCCCAUAGCGUGUUCGGGAACAGCGAAAUGUCGAGCUACCAAAAGAAGAAAAGGAAAUUUGGGGAAAAUUCAAACUUAGGCGAAAAUGACGUAAUGCAUGAUGGAGAAGAAGCCGAUCACGAUGAUGAAGGGGAGGACGAAGAGGAGGAGGAAGAGGAAGAGGAGGAAGAUGAUGAACCAUCUUAUGUUCAAGAUGAGAAUAUGGCAAAGGUAUUUGAAAAAUUUUUAAAAACAUUUUCUGAAAAAAAAAAUUAUGAAGAAAAUGAAGAUAAUGAAGAUGGAGAUAAUGACAGUGUGUGGAAAGACAAUUUAAAUUUGAAUUUCCCUAGUUCGUUGGAAAUUGCCCAGGAUGCGCAUUACGUAUUGUUGCUGUUUUCAAUUUUGCAAAACUCCUAUUCCAGAAAUAAAGUCCUGGUCGUGGAUAUGAAACAUGUGUUGAUGUGGGAACCAACAGAUAAAAACCGAUUCGACAUAGGUAGUCAAUUGUACAUAUAUAUAAAAAGACACUUCCUCAGAAUACUAGACAUUUUUGAACAGAAGGUACAAGCCUUAGCAGAAAGUAUUAACCCCAUAAAGACAAAAGAAGUGGGAAAAAUAUGCCUUCGUUUUUAUAAUAAAAAAAAUCCUAUCCAUUCGUUGAGAAGCCUAAGAUGUGAAAUGCUUGGUGAAAUGAUUAGUGUGCGAGGACAAGUAACCCGGACAUCCGAUGUACGACCCGAGUUAACAUUAGCUGCGUUCAAAUGUAAUGAAUGUGGAAAUAUUAUUAAUGGAGUUAAACAGCAAUUUAGGUAUACACAACCGAGUAAAUGUCCCUCAUCCAGCUGCAGCAAUAUGUAUGAUUGGUCUCUUGUCCUGGAACAGUCUUACUUUGUCGAUUGGCAAAAAAUUCGAUUACAAGAAAUUGCACAAGAAAGCCCACCAGGAUCUAUGCCUCGCAAUAUGGAUGUGAUUCUUCGUAAUGACAUUGUCGACUCGGUACAUGCAGGAGAUAGAAUUAUCGUAACAGGAUGUUUAAUUGUUGUUCCAGAUAUCCCAACAUUGAUGAAGCCAGGAGAUAUUCCUCGUAGUGUAGCUAGACAAAUUUUAAAAAAAAAUGAAAAUUCAUUAGUUUCACAGGGGUUAACAGGGAUAAAGGGGGUAGGAGUACAGGACUUAAAUCAUAAGCUAUGUAUAUAUGCAUGUCAAAUUGAAAAGCUAAAUAAUUCCAAGAAGGAAAAUUCCUUCGAUGAACAAACACAAGUAGAUAUUAAUUGUGAAGAAAUUUUAAAUUGUGAUGAUUUGAAAUGGCUCAGAGAUAUUGCCAUGCAUCCUAACACCAUAGACAUAUUGGCCGAAUGUAUAGCUCCAAAAAUAUGGGGAAACAUCGAAAUAAAAAAAGGGGCAUUGUUGAUGAUGACAGGAGGGGUACAGAAAAUUACUUCCAAUUGUAAAUUGAGAGGAGAUAUAAAUAUGUGUAUUGUUGGGGACCCAGGAACAGCCAAAAGUGAAAUAUUAAAAUAUGUGGAAAGUUUUGCCCCAAGAGCUAUUUUCACCUCUGGAAAAGGAUCCACUGCUGCAGGGUUAACAGCAGCAGUACAUAGGGAUCCUGAUCAGGGCGACACGGUGCUAGAAGCAGGUGCAUUAAUGUAUGCAGAUCAGGGAAUCUGUUGCAUCGACGAAUUUGAUAAGAUGGACGAAAAGGACAGAGUAGCCAUUCAUGAAGCUAUGGAACAGCAAACCAUUUCCAUCACUAAGGCAGGUAUUCAAGCAACCCUAAAUGCCAGAGCAUCAGUGUUAGCAGCAUGUAACCCUAAGUAUGGAAGAUAUGACACGUUGAAAACGUUUGCACAGAACGUAAAUAUCCCCGCCCCGUUGCUCUCCAGAUUUGAUCUCUUCUACACAAUGCUAGACAGCAUCGAUAUAGAAAAAGACACGAGCAUUGCCAACCACUUGGUUUCUAUGCACUGUGGAGAGGAAGCGGAAAAACAUAUAAAAGCCAACGCAGGAAAAUUGGACCCUGUGAAAAUGGAAGUGUAUUUGGAACUAAGCAAAAGGGUCAAGCCAUUACUAACAGAUGAAGCCAAGUACAAACUGAUACACUACUAUGUCUCCUUCCGUAACAUUGAGUAUUCACCAGGUGCCCAGAGGUCCAUGAGGAUGACUGUGCGUCAGUUAGAGUCACUCAUCCGAUUGAGUGAAGCUGUAGCGAAAUUAAAGUUCUCCCAUUUUGUGGACAUAAAACAUGUAGAAAUUGCUUGCUCCAUAUUUAAAGCUUCCAUGAAAAAAAUAUCCAAUGAAAAGGAAAUAAAUCUCGAUGAAGAAUUCGAUAAAGUUAGUAACUCUCUUUUGAAUAGCAAGACGAGCAAAAUUAUGCAACCCGAAGGUAGCGAAAAUAAAACUGUGGAGGGUAAGAAAUGUAUGACCAUUAAAGCUAGCGAAUAUCAAUACAUUUCUGCUAUCAUUUUUGAAAUUAUUAAAGAAUAUGAAUUUAACAAUAACAGUGAAAGCAUUACGCAGGAUCAGCUCAUUGAAACUUACCUGCAAGUGUAUGCCAAGGCUGAAUCGAAUGAACAGGUAGAUGAGUGGGUUUACAAAUUGAAAAAAAUUAUCCAGCGAUUGAUUAACCAAGAUAUGAAGUUGCUAUCGGAGACCAAUGAAGAGGACGCGGAAAAUGUCAUUUUGCGAAUCCACCCCAACUAUGCCGGCCCCAUCCUCGAGGGAACCGUGUCCAACAAAAACACUUAUGGAUACAAUACGUUCAAGAAUUACCAGACGGAUGAGAAUAUUCCCGAGGAUGAUGUGGACUUCCAGGAGGACAUUGACAAUUUUUGA